GCGUCCCUCCUGCUGACCGCAGGUACCCGCCAUGCUGCUCGCGCUCCUGCUGCGUCCGUCCCUCUGCUGUCCUCAGGCCGCUCCGCUUUCGUUAACUCGAUGUGUGCGGACGCUCCGGUGCGACGCCUCCAGGUCGCUGCUGCCCUCUCAGGCUGAGCACCUCCUGCGGAGGAGGCUCCCGCCGCGCCUCCACACGCAGAGCCGAGGCGCCAAGAGCCGGGGCAGGAAGUCCAGGAGCCAGGAGGAGGAGUGGAGGACCAGGAACAAGACGGUGCUGACGUACAUCGCCGCCGCCGGGGUGGGCAUGAUCGGCCUGUCGUACGCUGCCGUGCCGCUCUACAGACUCUACUGCCAGGCGUCGGGGCUCGGCGGCACGGCGGUGGCCGGACACGACGUGGAUCAGGUGGAGACGAUGAAGCCGGUGAAGGAGCGCGUCCUCAAGAUCACCUUCAACGCAGACACUCACGCCAGCAUGCAGUGGAACUUCAGACCGCAGCAGACGGAGAUCUACGUGGUUCCAGGUGAGACGGCUUUAGCUUUCUACAGAGCGAAGAACCCCACGAAUAAACCGAUCAUCGGCAUCUCCACCUACAACGUGGUGCCCUUCGAGGCCGGACAGUACUUCAACAAGAUCCAGGUAGUCUGGUUUUUAUACUGUUAUAUUAUACUGUUAUAUAUAAUUCUGAUUAUUAUUUGCCAUUA